GACAUUCACUCCGCCGAUAUGUUGCCCCUCUUAGUUGUGCUGAUUUUAGUAGCGUCCGUCCAUUCCGAUGAUGCUGAAGGAGGGUAUAAUGCCUUGCAGUUUGGAACUAGCAGUAGUGAUUAUGUGACGUUUAGUUUUGAUAUGUCCCCUUUCCGUGAGUCCCUUUCAAUCUGCACAUGGAUAAAGCAUCUGCACACCUCCCCAAGCAGACCUACAUUGUUUAACUACCAUUCAAGCUCUGAUAACUGGGAGAUCAUUAUGAUGUCUAAUGGGCAAUACACUCGUGUAGUAGGAGAUGAUGGUCUGAGUAGCUCAACAAGUGGUAAGUUUACCACGCCCACCGGUAAGUGGUUUAGUUUCUGCCUCACAUGGUCUCUGUCGUCAAGGACAAGUAAGGUGUAUUUAGAUGGUGAACUCCUGGGAACAGCCCAGACAGCAGCAGGGAGGUCACUAGGCAUGGGCGGACAGUUGUGGUUUGGAAGAUAUUAUAGCACUAGUAGUUCUUAUAGGUUUGGGGGUCAGUUGUUUCAAUUCAACAUGUUUGCUGAUGUCCUGAGUGCUGCUGACAUAAAGAAGAUAGCGAAUGGUGGAUUGUGUUUCGACUUGGAUGAGCUAUCUGAGACGAGAGUGUUACGCUGGGAGGAUAUUGUAAUGAGGUCGAGGAGCGGGUCUGUGAGCGAAGUUGUGGGGUGUCCUUGGAAAAAGAAACUUAGUGAGUCACAAGCGAGUCUGAACGAAACAGCGGUAGAGCUUAAGAGUGUGAAAAAGGAACUUGAAAGGCUGACUGGACAGUUGAACAGGACCGAGGACAAACUUGAGACUGAAACUAGUCGUUUCAAUGCGUCACAAGCCGAACUAGCCACCAUCAGAAGUCAACUGGGAGCUGAAACUAGUCGUUUUAAUGCGUCACAAGCCGAACUAGCCACCAUCAGAAGUCAACUUGGAGCUGAAACUGGCCGUUUCAAUGCGUCACAAGCCGAACUGGCCACAGUCAGAAGUCAACUUGGAGCUGAAACUGGCCGUUUCAAUGCGUCACAAGUCAAACUAGCCACCAUCAGAAGUCAACUUGAAGCUGAAACUACAGAGCAUAACCGAACACUGGAGGAGUUGGAAACCUGCGCUGCUAACAUGACAAAGAUAAAGUCCCUGCUGGAAGGAGCUAGAAAGUACGAAGAUAUCACCCGUUGGGAUGUGUUAUUUACCGCCCCGUACCACAAUGUGGUGUUCUCUGAUGAUCUGUAUGAGCAGCUCACUACAAGCUGGGGCUUGCUACGUAAAUUUGUCGGCACGAACAUCACAGACGGGAUCAUCAGUCACUUUAGGCACUAUCACAAUGAACACGAAUGCGAGGUUUACAAGCAACUGUCCUGGCCUACAAUGCUGAAACAGUUCGUUGGGGUAGAAUUGACAGACGGCAUGAUAGAUCAUUUCCGACUUAGCCACGAAGAAUCACCAUGUGAAAACAACACAGAGAGUUAACAUACUCAAAACUGAUACUGGAAUGUAGACCAAAGACUGAUAAUAUGUAGACCUCUAUUUCAUGGACCAUCUUUUACACCUUGCAUGAUUUUAGAGCUGGCCUGACAAAUAUAUCGUUUUUGUUGAAGAUCUAAACUUAUAGAAGAUCAGACAUUAAGAUUUUAAGUUUUUGUAGGAUUCGCUUCUCAAUUGGUUUUAAUUUUAUUUUAAUGCUGCACUUCUUUGCAUGUCUUAGUUCAGGGGAUUAAUUAAAGCCUGAAUCGGUUGUGUCAUGACAUUGACGUUAAAUGUUGCAUAUUUUAACCAGUAGUGCUCCAAUGUUUUUGAAUUACUGCAAGUAAAUUAUGAUAGAUUAACUAAAAUAUAAUCAUAAUUAUACACAGUA